AAGGGUCUCUUUGUCUAUUCGAAUCUCUCCUCACAUAUAGGUUCAUAUUUCUCUCUUAUUUCUUUGAAAAUAAUCAACGAAUUGUUGCACUUUCUUUCAAAAUCACAAACUGUUGCGCUUCCCGGAAUCGGAGCAUCUCAAAAUUCAACAAUUAUUUGAUAAACGGGUAAUGGAAGACGGCGAGACUAGACACAGACAAUAUCCUUCAUUGCCCAAGUACAUAUAUAUAUACGGAGCAUAAAAGAUGCUCCCUGUGGAGUAGUGACUGAUCUGAUGUAAUGGCGGAUUGUGGUGGUAGCGGUUCGGCAUCGGAAGAUGAAAGAAAAGAUUUCAUAAGUGCACUCCCAACAGAUCUAAAACAGAGAAUUUUAGAGUGUUUGGAUUGCACUCGAGAUGCCGCCAGAACCGCUGUGCUUUCAACCCAGUGGAAGGAUGUCUGGUUGCAGCUCAAAACGCUAUUGUUUGGUGAAAGCUUCUUCCGGCACGUUCGGAACAAUACCGCCGAAGUAAUUACUCAGAUUCUCUCCCGCCGUCUUGCUCCCGUGAAGAAAUUCAGCGUGCGAAAGGGGUUAAUCGACCCCGAAGGGCUGCAGCAAUCUGAGCUUCACCAGUGGUGUCUAUAUCUAUCUGAAAAUGACAUUGAGUAUCUGCACAUAUCGGUUCAAGCCCGUCUAAAGCUGCCGAUCUGUAUAUUCGCCUGCCCCACAAUUCGCCAUCUCGAACUUAGCCGAUUUGAUUUGGAUUGCGCCCUGCUGCUUAACUCUGGAUGUUUACUCCAAAACAUCAGUUCUUUGAUUUUCAAUGAAGUUAAGUUUCAAGGUAAUGUUGAGGACUGUGUUUCUUCUGUUAUAUUUUGACUGUGUUUAUAAUUGCCAGCGCACUGUGUGUAAAAGACUGUUAUUACUAAGCACAAUCGUUUAUAACAGAAUUUAAUAGAGGUAUUUUCCUAAAUAGGAGUAAAUCAAUUUUUAAUCGUCAAAAUAGGGCUAAAGUCAAAAAAAUUCCUAAAUAAGAGUAAUAAUAUGUAAUUGGACAAAAAUGCUCUUGAUGCUUGGAAGUGAUACUGCUGAGUGCUAAGACUGGAACACAGGGCCACCGCCUUUCGCCGGUCGUCGCCUACCGCCGCCGGUUUUCGGGCAUUUCUGUUGCCUCAAAAACUGGCUGCUGUUGUAGAUCUGGACACUGUUGAUGUAGAUCUGGCUAACGUUGUUGGAGAUCUGGAAAAUUCUAGCCCCCGUCGGCCGUCGAAGACUGCCCUUGCAGAUCUAGCCACUGUCGAACUAUAUUCGGCAUCUACUGUUGCAAAUCUGACCUCCUCAGUUUUAGAUUUGGUUGUUGCCGGUGUGAAUGUCAAGAUUUUUAUCUGAAUGACAUUAAUGGCAUUUGCAAAGAAAAAUACAAAUUGUUUUAAGACAAAGAAUGCCAUUUUGAUUGCAUUUUCAGAGUUGAACUUGACAUUUUAAGAUUUGAACUUGGCAUUUUUACCAAUCAAAGAAAAAGUACAGCAACUGCAACAAAAUGUAAUAGGGGAAGAAUGCCAAGUAAAGAUAUAUUAAUCUAAAUGGUUCCCUUUUCC